UUCACAAUCAGGGUCACUUGCGAGCUUUGAAAAAUAGAUGGAACCUAAACGUCGAAGCUGUUAUUAAGUUUCAUUUAAACGUAAUCCUAUGGACCGCUUAGCAUCUUUUGCAAAUGACCCCUCCGAUAAACCGCCGUGCAGAGGUUGUUCAUCGUAUCUGACUGAGCCUUAUAUCAAAUGUGCAGAAUGUGGACCCUCACCUUUCCUGCUGUGCCUCCAGUGCUUCACCAGAGGAUUUGAGUACAAGAAGCACCAGAGUGAUCACAAAUAUGAAAUCAUGACGUCAGAUUUCCCCGUGCUGGAGCCUGGGUGGACGGCCCAGGAAGAGAUGGCCCUGCUUGAAGCCGUCAUGGACUGUGGCUUUGGAAAUUGGCAAGAUGUUGCGUAUCAGAUGCGCACUAAAACCAAAGAGGAGUGUGAGAGCCACUACAUGAAGAAUUUCAUCAAUAACCCACUGUUCUCCUCCACCCUGCUCAGCCUGCGGAAAGCAAAAGACUCACGUGUUGCAGAGGGCGCUAUUCCUUUUAAACCAAGCGACGAUCCCCCUCGGCCCACAUUUGACUCGGUGCUGUCUCGCGACAUGGCUGGAUACAUGCCUGCCAGAGCCGACUUCAUGGAGGAGUUUGACAACUAUGCAGAAUGGGAUUUGAAAGAUAUUGACUUUGUGGAUGAUGAUUCAGACGUCCUUCGUGCACUGAAGCUUGCAGUUGUUGAUAUUUAUCAUUCAAGAUUAAAGGAGAGACAACGGAGGAAGAAGAUAAUCCGAGACCAUGGAUUGAUCAACCUGCGGAAAUUCCAGAUGCUGGAGCGAUGCUACCCAAAGGAGGUGCAGGAGCUGUAUGAUGUCAUGAGAAGAUUUGCCAGAGUGGUUGGACCAAUUGAACAUGACAAAUUCAUCGAAAGUCACGCACUGGAGUUUGAGCUGAGGAGAGAGAUCCGCAGGCUGCAGGAGUACAGGAAAGCAGGGAUCAAGUCUUUCUGCAGUGCCAAGGUGUACGAGCGGGUGAAGCGAAUGCGUGAAGACGAGCGGAGGAAGAGGACCAUGCUGUGUGACGUGCUGCAGUACAUCCAGGAUGGCAGAGCCUGUCAGCAGUGGCUCAGCAAACAGGCUGCAAUAGAUGCUGGAAUCACUCCAGCUGUCACAACAAUCACAGUGUCAGCAACAGGUAGGCGGAGCGCCCCACCUCUCAACCUGACCGGACUGCCGGGAACAGAGAAGCUCAACGAGCGGGAGAAAGAGCUGUGUCAGGUGGUGCGGCUGGUACCGGGCGCCUACCUGGAGUACAAACAAGCUUUACUUAACGAGUGCAGACGGCAGGGCGGGCUGCGGCUGGCGCAGGCGCGGGCGCUGAUCAAGAUCGACGUCAACAAGACUCGCAAGAUCUAUGACUUCCUAAUCAAAGAGGGUUACAUCACCAAGGCGUAGGAGUGUUUGACCACAGUGGGAGGUUCGAUCGUGGUUAGUGAUUAGUUUGUUUUUAAUCUUGUAAUGUUGUCAGCUCAAGUUUUGUAAGACGUUCAGAUUGUUGCUGCUUGUUAUAUUAUAACAUUUGUUAUUGUGUGUUUUAGUCUAAAUGUACUCAAGUCUUGUAUAAUUGUGAGAAGAACAGGGGAUUGUAUUAAAAUGAUGUAUUUAUUUAUCCUGAUAUAAAGUGUUAGAAAAUUACCUGAUGUACAUGUUGAUAUUUUUAAACUGUAAAAGAGCCGCUUGGAUUAAAAUUCUUGGUAACUUUUUAGUUUACUGUAGGUUUGAAUUAAUAAGCGGAUUAGUUUAGUGAAAUUAGGAACCAGAGCACCAUUUGGUCACAAAUGGGAGGCUUGUUCACUUGAAACCAUACAAUUCAGUGUAUUUUAUAGCAAAAUUAUAUUUAUAACAUGAAUAUUUACUUUUUUCUUUAAAAAUCCACCAGAAAUCCUCUGACUGUGAACCGUACUUUUUUUUUUUUUUUUUUAGCUGUUUUUGGACUUCAUAGUGGAGAUCCCGUUUGCAUUUGCAAAAAACAAGUGAUGAGAGAAGCUCUUUUAUGAAAUGAGUGGUUUUUCAGGGCUGCUUAUAGAGAAAGGUAACUGGGUUUUUUUUAAUCAGAUGUUGGUGUGAGUGGUCUCUGCCCAUUUAACCUCUUAAGCCCCAAGGGGGUUUCUGAGCGUCCUGCUCGAAAAUGCAAUGCCUAAAUUAAAUUGAUUAUUUCUCUGCAAUUACAAACUCUGUCCUUACAAUCUUGGUAUCAAAAUGAAGCUAACACUUGGGACAUUUAAUCAGAGGUGUAAAUAUUAAAGCAGAUAUUACUCUGUCAAAGUUACUGAGACUGGAACACAGAAAAAGUAAGUAGAUUUUAUUCUCGCCUAAUUUUUUUUUGUAAUUUUUAGCAUAUAACCCUUUUAAAAAUAUGCCUCAGAUCAUAUUUGGUUCCAGAAAUCCAGUAACCAACAUAUAAGCAUAAUCUGUGCAAAGAUUUGUGUUUCUAAAGUAAAACAGUGAAAAACUACAGCCCUGUCAAUACAUGAAUAUCCAGACGUUGUACAAAAAUGUCCAAUUUUGGCACACAAUUGGACACCAUGCCAGUUAAUUUUUUUAGGUAUUAAAGAGCAGAAAUUAAUAAAUUUUAUUAACAGGCCUAAAAAUGCUUUUUUUAAAAAUAUAUUUUUGAAGAAUUAACCACACAUUUACAUGGUAAUGGCCCUUUUCUGCCGUGCGCAUAGAGCGCUUCAUUGGCCUCUGGCCCUUUAAACUCUGAGGGGCUGUAACUUUGGUUUCUUUUGGUCAAUUUGCAUGAUUGACACCUCUUUUUAAUCGUUUUAGCCAAUAGAUUCAAAGUAACGAUGCCACGUUCACGUCACUUCAACCAAUCAGACGUUGUAAUGCCAAAACCCACGUGUGUCCAAAUUUACUGCAUGUGACGUCUGUCCAGUCACGUGUCUGUAGGUGGGUCUAAAAUGGAGGUUGUUGACGGAAGAUGGCUCUGAUGCACCUAGGUAGGCAUGGUAAAUAACAGCAAUCACGUGGUUACCGGCUACCGGCGAAAAUAAUGGAGGAAAUCGGGACGGUAAGCCAAUUUCUGUGUUAGCGCAUUUGCGCCGCUGUGUGUUUUUGUGGUCUUCUUUUGCGACUAAUUCAGUGAAUUCUGGUCUGAUCGUGGUGAAACUUGGUGUGUGGAGUCAGUGAUAGCUCUGGGAGCUAACCAGCCUAUUUUUAACCGCUUACAUGAAGUCUGAAGAAUUUCUGGUUCGGUUUUGUGUGUUUAGCGGACUUCUGCGCAUUUACGUAACUGCUCGUUUAAUCGCGGCUUGUUUUCGGUGUGUUUGGUGGUUGUAGAAAUGGUUUAUAUGACAUUUUAGCUGAGAUUCUGGGGUUUCUGUGGAUACCACACAUGUCUGGAUUUAUAUUUCUCAACCGGCGUUAUAACCGAUUAAACGUGAUCUCCUCCUUUUUGCCCCCAAUGCCGGGGGCGUGGGGCUUAAGAGGUUAAGUACUCCUGGAAAAACACAAAAACUAUUCUAAUGAUUGUCUUUAUUGGUUUUUACUGAGGUGUCAAAACUCAUCAGUAAGGAAAAGUCAUCAAAUGUUGUUUUUAUGGGGGAAAGAGUAUAAAAAGAGAACAUAAUUUCAUUGUAAUUUUUUGGAAAGCUGCAGAGGUGAAGAUUGUAUAACUGGCACGAGCCACAUAACUACAGCAAUGAGGGUUAAAAUGACAAUAAGCAGCAUCCUCUUGAGGAUGUCAUGGCUGUUGGAUUGGAUGUAGUUUUAAUUAAUGCAGACAAUAAAAUCAAAGUCACUCGAUUACUCAGCUGAACCUUCCUUCUGUGUAUCAGUCAAGUCUCCAUCCCACUGAGACCUGAGCUUUUGUUUGGGGUUGAUUUUUUUUAUUUCACCUAGCUAUUUGGGGAUUGUUUGUCCUCACAUGGGGACAGUUUAGUUUAAAGUAAAACACAAUAAAGCUACAUUAUUUGACAAAGUAUAAAAGA